GUGCGGGCACGCUCUGCAACUUCAACUGACAGCUGCAAGAACCGAAGAGCUAGAAGACUUUUAGCUCGUGGAAUCACACCGAAGCAUUGCAAAAAUGGAGUGGACCGCGAUGGAGAUUAAUCCCGAGAUGCUGAACAAGAUGAUGAGCAAGCUAGGGGUGGGUGAAAGCUGGCGCUUCGUGGAUGUGCUGGGGCUGGAGGAUGAGCAACUCUCCGCCGUCCCAAAACCAUGCUGUGCCCUGAUGCUGCUCUUCCCACUGACACAACAGCAUGAGUCUUUCAGACAGAAGCAGGCUGACAAGGUGGCAGAAGACUCAGAUGUUUAUUUCCUGAAGCAGACAGUAGUCAAUUCCUGUGGCACCAUCGCCCUGCUGCAUGCUGUGGGCAACAACAAAAGCAAAUUGACUUUUGAUAAUGACUCUACCUUGAAGAAAUUUCUAGAUGAGACUGAAAACAUGUCUGCUGAAGACCGUGCCAAACGUCUGGAGAAUAACAAGGCAAUCUGUGAGGCUCACAAUGAGGUCGCAGUGCAGGGCCAGUGCAGGCCAGAAGCUGACAAAGUCAACUUCCACUUUAUUGCCUUUGUGAAUGUAAAUGGACAGCUUUAUGAAUUUGAUGGGAAAAUGAAUGGACCAGUGAAGCACGGAGCUACCAGUGAUGACUCCUUCAUAACGGAUGCUUCCAAAGUAUGCCAUGGAUUUAUGGAAAGAGAGCAAGGUGAAGUCCGUUUCUCUGCAGUGGCUCUUUGUCAUGGUUAGAUAUUUGGUCGGAAACGGAACCAAAUUGUAAACCAAACUGUAUUGGAGCAUUCACAUGGCACACGCAAUCAGCAGGCAUCCAGAAUGACCUGUGUACACAUACAUCUGCAGACACUAUGCACUAUAAAGCACAUAUUGUUUCCACAUAUUGUACUCUCAUCUCAUGAACAAAGCAUUCUUUAGCAUUAGCACAUGUACACAUAAACACAAUCAAAACCUUUUGUUCUGCAAACACUGAUAGAAGCUUAUCCAAACCCUUUUCUGUGAUAUAAUUUAGCAGUGAAAAUUGUAAAACAUGAGGUCAGAUCUCACCACUACUGUGUGCAUAUGAGUAUUUAUCUUUUUUUGCAGCUUUUUGUAUGUAGUCACUGGUGCAUCUGUGUCAAACUCAAAAGCCUGACGCUUAACUACCUUUUGUGCCAAUAAGUGAGAAGGAAUAGGCAGAAAAGUUGUUUUGAGAAACUUUUUGCCAGUUUGUUCAAAUGCCUUUUGUUGCUGUGUGGUUGAGCCUGUAAGAAUCUGACAUUCCUCAGAAGAGCCCAAAUGUAUCCGUAGGAAUAAUUUAACCAUUGUUCAGAGCAUGCACGCAACCUUUUGAGUCGUGUUCUUGGUUGUACAGAAGUACAGAAUCAAAGUGAUACUGGUGAACUACAGUUAUUUUUCUUUAUUUAGGCCACUGCCAUUUUCAGAAAUGGAUCUAUUCAACUGAUUUAUGUUUGUACUUUAUUUGAAAAUGUUUUUUCAGUUGACAAUCCAAAAAUGCACAAACAGUUAAAAAAAAAAGCAAAACAUUACUUAGAUAGGGACCAUCCAAAUAAAGUGCUACUGUGUGU